AUGGCCCCCUUCAGGAAAGCGAAGGAAAGUAACAGCUGUAAAAGUAGAGGGCCCAAUGGUCGUCAGAGAACGUUCAAUCUCUGUUGUUAUAUUGUAGCAUGUUUGACUUUGGUGAUCGGAAUAAAGUUCUUUCAGCCUCAAACCUCACUUUGGGUUGACUUUGACAGCGAAUCAUCAUCGGCUUCUUCAAUCCGGCAUGAGCAAACGAAACCCAAAAGCAAAUCAUGCAGUGAGGAAAAGGAGCGAAGUCCAAGUACAUCACCAGAGCUAUUGUUGAGCGUUCCUUUCUACGUCUACGAGGACCAAGCGUGGAUCAAUGCAACGAUUCAAGACAAACUAGUGUCAGACAUGGCAAAGCAACACACCAAAUACGGUUCUCGAUUCAAACAUGGAGACGACUAUUGGCUACUCGAAGCGAGUUUGAAACACCCUAUGCGCACUCAAAACAAGAGCGAAGCCAAGCUCUUCUUUGUUCCAUGGCUGUUGAAUUUUUUUGAUUUCCGGUCCUUCAAAGAUGUGCCAUUGUGCUGGAACGGCAAAUGCAACAUGGAAUUGCUCUUGGAUGCGGUGGCUGCCCUUAAAGAGUCUGAAACCUUUAAACUCUAUCCAGAUCGUCACAUUGUUGUGCGUUCUUUCUACUCCGCACACUGGGAAUCUUGGAAUCAAGAGUUGGAACGGGGAAACAAAGAAGGGUACAAACAGUUUCUUUACGUAUUCAAAAAAAUGCAAGUUAUUACCUUUGAGGGCAAGGACUUGUAUCCCAAUCCAGGACACCGCAUUGUUCUGCCUUCGUACUAUGUUGGAACGCCUUGUAAACUUUCAAAUGAGAAACCCUUCGAUGUUGCAAUGGUUGCUAGCCUGUCUCCAGAGAAACCUAGAUUCCAGCAUCGACGCAAUCUAUGUCAUUGGCUGAAAAAUGGGCAAAACCACGAAAACAAAACGACGUUAGAUCUUAAGAUUUCCAGCUGUGGACACGCGGAACAGUGCCCUGCCUUGGCCGAAUCAAAGUUCGGAUUUCAUGUGGCUGGUGACACCUUUUCUAGUAAUCGUCUGAUGGACACGAUUUUGAGUGGUAGUGUUCCCAUCUUUACCCAUCUCAACCAAUAUACGAUGGCAGGAGGAGAAUGGAUCGAUUGGAACCAGCUCUCUUACUACAUACCGAUUCACAAUGAUACGAAUUUGAAGUCUUCUCCAGAGGAUGCAGGAAAGCUGAGACCACGGAAGGGUGCGAAUCAGAACAUCGCAACGCACCCAACGAGUCGGUAUUCAAUGUUGCCUCCAGCUAGUGAAUCAACCGUUCUUGAACGAAUGGAUGCUAUUGUACAUGAUGAAAAGGGAUACGAAGAAAGGUACCACAAGAUUCUUCAGCACAUACCUCUCUUCGAAUACACCACUUUGCAUCCAUUUGACACGUACAUGUAUCUGUUUCAAGCAGAACUAUAUCCAGAAACACGACAUCGUCCUGAGGUGUACAACUGUAGGUGGAGUGCACUUAAGUUGCCACGACCAUUUUUUGAUGGCUAG